AUGUUCGUCCGGUUUUCUGCUGGUUUCAUCCGAACCAGGAGCCCCUGGAGCAACAUGCCGAAGGGCAAGUUUUAUUACGCUGUCAGGAAGGGAUUCAAACCAGGCGUCUACACAUCAUGGGAUGACUGUAAGAGUCAAGUGGAUAAAUAUCCAGCUGCAUCCUUCAAGAAGUUUGGAUCAGAACCAGAUGCUUGGGCAUUUGUCAGAGGUGAAGCUCCGUGUGCAGUUCCAGGUGACACCACAGUGACUCAGUGUGCAGAGUCCGAUGUUUCCCUUCUUCCUAAACGAGGUCUGGAGCCUCUCCAGUACAUCCCACUGGGAAAGAAGAGGUGUCACUCAAAUGAGGGGGCGGAGCUUCAACUUAAACAAGUGAAACUGGAAGGAAAUUCUUUCUCAGAACACAAAGAUGGAUUCACAUACAUGGGCGAUGCUGUGGUCGUUUAUACCGAUGGGUGCUGCUCAGCUAAUGGACAGAUCGGAGCUCGAGCAGGGAUCGGAGUGUUCUGGGGUCACAACCACCCUCUAAAUGUUGCAGAGCGGCUGCAAGGUCGACAGACCAAUCAGAGAGCAGAGAUAAAGGCGGCCUGCAGAGCUCUGGACCAGGCCAAACAGAACAACAUCCAGAAACUGGUUCUUUACACCGACAGCAAGUUCACCAUCCACGGAGUGACCAACUGGGUGAAGAACUGGAAGCUGAAUGGAUGGAGGCUGAAGUCUGGAGGUCCCAUCACCAACAAAGAAGACUUUGUGGAGCUGGAUGGACUGAACUCAGAAGUGGAUGUGGUCUGGAUGCACAUCCCCGGUCACUCUGGUUACCGUGGUAACGAAGAAGCCGACCGCCUGUCCCGAGAAGGAGCCUCGAAGCCGCUGCACAUGGAGGAGGACUGA